GGUCCUCCGUCGUAUGAGACCAUAAGUAAGAUGCAGUAUUUAGACAUGUUCCUCAAGGAAUCGCUACGACUACACCCUGUCGCUCCAGUUGGGCCAGGGAGAACAGCCCAAGAAUCCAGCACAGUGAUGGGUGUUCACAUUCCCAAAGGUAUGAGUGUCCGCUGUAACAUAUACAGUAUCCACAUGGAUCCCGAGCACUGGGGACCCCCAGACCCCAGCCUCUUCUGUCCUGAACGGUUCACGGCAGAGAGGAUUGCUAAGCGUCACCCUAUGGCCUGGCUCCCAUUUGGGGCAGGCCCCAGAAACUGCAUUGGUAUAAGGUUCGCCCUGAUGGAGGCCAAGAUGACCUUGGCGUGUCUCGUGAAGAAGUUCAGCGUUGAGAGCUGUUCAGAGACGCAGAUCCCACUGGUUCACGUAGCCAAGAGCACAGUGCAGCCAGAGAAAGGUGUCACCGUGCGUCUUACAAGGCGGAAUGUAAUGGUCAAUAAUACUGAAUAA